AUGUCCGUCUCUCAUUCCCCAACACCACUACCGCCGUAUCAGCCCUUCCAAUGUGCCGUCUGUCAUAGUCGGUUUACCCGGCACGAGAAUCUAAAGCGACAUGCAACCCUGCAUUCUCGGUCUCUGGGCCAGGCCUUGCUUCCCUGUGACUAUUGCAAGACGACGUUCUCUCGGUCUGAUCUGCGCCAUCGCCAUAUUAAGAGGAAACACCCGGAGCAUGAGCUGAGACGACCUACAAAACAUGCGAGACAUUUACGUGAUCAUCGUGCCCAUGACAACAGCAAUAACAGGGAGAAAUCAGGUUCUUCUGCAAAUAGGCCUGCAAUCAACGACGCGACUGGUCUUGGAGAGAUUUUGCCAGAUAAGACCGAUUCCCCGUCGCCUUUAUCCAAUGUGAAUCCGACAAGCUUCCUCUUUGAUGCGGAUCCGGCCGAUGACCCACUACCACAUAAUCUAACCCGAGUAGAGGACAACUGGAUCCCCUCAGCUGUACAAAUAACACAGGGAUGCCACCUCUUCUUUACUCACGUUUCAUCCCCCCACCUGAUACUCAGCAUUCUGUGUCUGGGCUAUCAGUACGGAGAGGAUCCUGAAUGCAGCAAUCAGGCGGGGUCCGGCGCGAUACUGUCCGCCCGCUGCUUCAACCAAGCUCGUUCUAUUAUCGCUUUCGACGACAAUACGCUGAAUGAUCCAACACGAAGCCUUGCAAUAGUUCAGUCAUAUCUUCUACUUCAGAUCUGCGCGAUGAUGUACAUGUGCGGCGACCACUCCGCCCAUGGUUUGAAAAUGCAUUCCAAUAUGAUCUCUCUCGCUCGGUCAGCAGGACUUAUGCAACCCUUCGCUGCCUCAUCACUUGCCACCGAAGACCUCAAUUCCUUAUGGCACGAAUUUAUCCAGGGCGAGACCCGCAAACGAACCCUUUUCACCGUCCACCAGAUCGACGCUCUCUGGUAUCAAUUGCUCUCCAUCCCGCGGUCAAUCUCCCACCUAGAAAUCAAACACGACCUUCCCUGCCCCGAGGACCACUGGACUGCGUCAUCAAGCGCGGAAUGGGCGCACCGCCAGCUUAUAUCGCGAUACCAUCCAGGAAGCUCAGUCCAGUACGCCGACGCUGUCAGGCGGUUCCUCUCCUCGGACGGAGACCUCGCUUCCAUCCCGCACUUCGAUCCCUUCGGCGCUAUCAACAUCGCCCACUUCCUUAUCUCGAGUGCACGCGAAAUCUCCGGCUGGUCAACCAUGACGGGGAUGCUGAGCAUGGAGCGAUUUGGAGCGUUGCGGAACUCCCUCAUGGCACUAUCUCCUUUUCUUUGCCAGCGGAGUCAUGCGGAUGAACUCACCGCGACAACGACAGCUACAACUCCAGCCGCUGCCUCCUACGCAGCAGUCUGGGAAAGCGCCAUGCUCGAGCUACAAAUGUGGUCUCCACUGCACACAGGCGGCGUGGUCGGAGCCAGCAUCGAUGCUUGGUUGAGUCAGUCGACGCAGAUGGCGCUUUCAUCUUGCGAGGUUCUAUGUAAAGCCGAUACUGCGCAGUCGAUUCAGCCGCAUGUUGACUGGUUCCUGAGGUACCUUGAUACGAUGCCGGCGCCGGAAUCUGAGGCACCGUGGGUCACACUGCAUGCGUACAGGGCGUUUCUGAUUGCCUGGCAGUUGGUGAGAAACGGGGUACCUGGGGCAAUGCAGGUUGUUGGAGUCGAGGAUGGGCAUGAGCACGGUGCAUUGGAAUGGGCGAGGAAGGUAUUUCGAGGGAAAGAGAGAUGGCAGAUUGGAAGGCUGAUUGCCGGCUGCUUGGAUGGAUUAAGGAUAUAA